AUGGCACAGAGGUUGGUGUUGAAUGUUAUACCGAUUGGGCACAGGCCGGAUGCAUCAUCCCCCGUAUUCAUUUCGUUUCUGCAUAACGCUGAGAUAGAGAAGCCGUUUGUUGGUUUUAUUUUUUCCCUCUCAAAAGAAGAAAAUAAGGAGCACAGCAUUUCUAAGCCAAAGAAGAAUCUUAGAAGGAAAAUGCAGUUGACAAGAGAGAGUGAUCUAGAAAUGUUAACCCAAGGUUCUCAGAUUAGUAAUUCUCCCUCUACAGCAGGAGUAUAUGAAGAAUGUAAAGAAAAUUUGGAAGGAUAUCAGGAUAUAAGCUCUGUCAAGAUAGUUAAGGCUUCUUCUGAGUGGAAAGAGCUAGAUUAUACUAACAUUGUACUUCCUUCUUCUCAAGAUGGGAAGCUGGUAUCGACAUUUACAAAGUCAAAAAAAUCAUUGAUUAAAAGAAAGGAAAGAAAUUUUGAGGAAACUACAAUUUGGACAAAAGAAGGUCAACACAUGGAUACAAAUGUAUCUAGUACAGCAGUAAUUCAGAACCCAGUUACAUCUGCAGAAUUGUCAGUGACAAAGAUGGAGAGUACUAGAGAUCAUAUAAUCCCUCCCUGUGAGAAAAUAAAUGAAAGACUAGAUAUCAAAAUGCAAGAUAAAUAUGGGAUUAGAAAAAUAAAUAAUGAUGCCACAUCAGGAUUAACUGAUUCACAAGCAAGCAGCUAUGAAAAAGAAAUGUCACAAAAGCAGCUUUCCUUUUUUCUGUGUGCAUCAAGUAAUAAUGAUGUGAAUGAUUCUGAAAAGAGGGCUCUCCCUAUAGAGCCGCUUAAAUGCCAACUGGUUAAGCAGAUGAAUGUAGGCAUGUUGCCAGAAGAUAGGAUUAUUGACCAUAUUAAAAGUAGUCAAAAUGAAGAAGUGUGUCUGGGCAGUUCAGACACAAAUGUGCCACAAAAUAAAUCUAUGCAGGUUAUCUUGAAAGCAGAUGAAACAGAUGACCCUAACUGGACUAAAAAUGGAAACAGGAAAGAUUCAAGUUCUCUUGAAUACAUAGAUAGCCAAAUCCAAAGGGAGACCAGCAUGAUUCAACUCCCAGUUAUAACAGAUAUAUUAAUUCCUACAUCAGGAAAACUGAACAGUUCUCUGUGUACAGUUAGUGCAGAUAAACAGAGAAAUGAUGAUGCCAAAGAAAGAGAGAGCCUUCCAGAUAAAAAUGGAAAAGGUGAAGAACAAAAUGUGAAUUGUACAUGUAGCAGUAUUGAAAUUUCUGAAUCUGGAGCCUCAUGUUAUAAAUCCAUACUUACUAAAAAAAACAUUGAUCAGCAGAACCUGGAGACAAAUGGCAAACCUGUAGAGAAAGGCAUUAGAAGCAUAGAUGCAGUGGAAAACAGUCCUUGCAGAAGAGAGGCAAUUCUGGCAGAGCAAAAUAGCAUCAAACACCAAGGUAUUUCUGAGAAAGAUUUUCCAUAUGUUCAGCCUGUGUAUCCUUAUUUGGAAAAGGAAGUAGAUCAUUGUAAACCAACUUGUGACCAGAUCAUUUUAAAAGGCAGCCUGAUUUCCUCACAGUCUGAUGAGGAUGUUCUGUCCGAAAGCAGAAAAUUCUCAGUGGAAGACGUUUGCAGAAAGGAGAGCAUCUAUAACUCAACUGAACUAAAUGUUCCUACUCUGUUGAUCCAAAACCAGAAGACAAUUUGUUCUGAACAUGUGUUGUCUAAUAUGCAGCAAUCAGAAUUCAAUAGAAAUAAUUUGAUUACAGACAAUAUUAUGGAAGCAUUGUCAAGUAAAAAUGUUGCUGAGAAAACAGUGAUCAAGGCAGAAACAAAACAUAUGGCAGAUGAAGAAUCAGCCCAGUGUGAAGGAAACAAGAACAAACCUGACCAGGUGGAAAGCAGCCUUUCCUCUGUAGAGAUUCCUCCACCACAUGUGUUGAGUGACCCCAGUAAGGAAAUUAAGGCUCAGUCAAAAGUCCAAGGGUCUUUUGUUGCGUAUGGGACAGAUUCCAGCAUCAGUGCACCAAGUGGUCUUGACAUGGUAGCUCAAGCAUAUUCUCCUUGCCCAGAUUCCUUUUCUCUGGAUCUGGAAUCUCUGCCUGACACUCAGUUAGAGGGCAUCUUGGAAAGCCACAGCCUUGAAUUUCAAUCACAGAAAACAUGUGUUCUGAAUGAUUUACAGAUAUGUUCCAAGGACAAAAGUAAUCAGUAUGCUGCAAGAAAACAAGGAGAAAAUAAAACACCACCCCCUGAUUCUACUAAAAUACAUGCAAAUAAUGUCAGAGAUGAAACAAAGAAGAUUUGUGAUCCAUCCAAACAGGAAGAUGCAACAGAUGUUGUUUAUGGACUAAUUAAGGAACUGUCUAAUCUCAAUCGGUUGAUCAUGAGUACACACAGAGAUCUGGAUUCCUUCAAGAGACUGAAGUCUCGGAGAAGCAGGCAACAUGGGAAGCUCCUAUCCCACAACAUGAAUAAUAUGACAAGUAUGGUCCGUGCAGUGAAAAAGAAGAGAGAAUUAUAACAUGUAGAUUCUGUUAUUCCCCACAGGAUUUAUAAGAAUGUUUGGUCUGCUAUUUGGCACAGGUUUUUUUAUUCUAUUUCUCACAUUUUUCAACUGUCAGUUACUUUUCAUUUCAAUAAAAUGGAUUAACAAAGAGUACUUUUUACCUUUGCUUCAGCACCCAACUGGUUACCUCAAUUGCGAGAAGAAUUAAAACCAAUGACCUGAAAUAAUAAAACCUUCCCACUGCUCUCCCAUCUCUUAAGAUGCAGCAUUAUCUGGAUGUGAACUCUCUGCCAUGAUUUCUUCAUGCAGAAGGGUAGCAUAUCUGUUGCUUUUUAAA